AUGGAGGCGGCGGCGGCGGCGUCCAGCGCGAGCUCGGUGUCGCCGGAGGAGACCGAGAAGUGGAUGGAGGAGGCCAUGCAGAUGGCCAAAGAAGCCUUAGAAAAUACUGAAGUUCCUGUUGGCUGCCUUAUGGUCUACAACAAUGAAGUUGUGGGGAAGGGAAGAAAUGAAGUUAAUCAAACCAAAAAUGCUACUCGACAUGCAGAAAUGGUGGCCAUCGAUCAGGCCCUAGAUUGGUGUCAUCGGAGUGGCAAGAGUCCUUCUGAAGUGUUUGAGCACACUGUGCUGUACGUCACCGUGGAGCCCUGUGUCAUGUGCGCGGCUGCUCUCCGCCUGAUGAAAAUUCCACUGGUUGUAUAUGGCUGUCAGAAUGAACGAUUUGGUGGUUGUGGCUCUGUUCUAAACAUCGCCUCUGCUGACUUACCGAAUACUGGGAGACCUUUUCAGUGCGUUCCUGGAUAUCGGGCCGAGGAAGCAGUGGAGAUGUUAAAGACCUUCUACAAACAGGAAAAUCCAAACGCACCAAAAUCAAAAGUUCGGAAAAAGGAAUGUCAGAAAUCCUGAACUUGUUCUGAUGAAAGUCUGAUGCCCCUGGACGACAUUCUUGGACUGAAAGCUGUUGACGUUGUUGAAUCACAUGUUUCUAUAUUGUCCUUAACCCAUGGGAAAAUGGUCUCUCAUCAUUUGCUCUGUUAAGAGUACAAAUUAGCACUUUUUAAAAAGUCUGACAGUUGUAAAAAACUAUGAGCUUUUCCACACACUGAAAGAACAUUUUAAGA